GCGCUCCUGCGUGUGUGAGGAAAGCGCUUUAGAUGUGAUUUUGCUGCACACGUUUUUUUUUUUUUUUUAGCAUUUAAUGCGUUUAAAUCAUUGUUAACCGCUUGGGGAAUUUAGUGUUUAAAUGUUUAAAGUAAAAAAAAAAAAAAACUUCGAGAUGAAUUAAUUAAUAAACGACUAAAUGUUACAUUUAUUUAACAUUAAUAAGCAUUAUUUUGUGGCUACUUCACAUCACCCCAUGAGUAACAGAAAAGAGAAGUUUCUGGUGAAGCAAGUGAGAUCCAGAUGAAUUUCUAAAGAUGGCGUUAGUUAAGGAGGAGAACGAAGACAUUACAAUUGAAGAGGCAUUUAAAGUGAAACAAGAAGAAACGGAGGAACAAACAGGUCUGAUUUUAUUAAAAAAGGAAGCUCCAGAACUCAAUGGAAGGGAAGUGAAAGAUGAGAAACAUCACAAUCUCACAAAUGAAGAAACACAUUUUAGUUGCUCACAGACUGAAAAGACUUCCACACAAAAAACAGCUGAAAAGACCGGGCCUAGAAGCUAUUUCUCCUGCCAAGAGUGUGGAAAGAGUUUCAGUCAACAUAGAAACCUUGAAAUCCACAUGAGACUUCACACUGGAGAGAAACCUUUCAGCUGCCAAGAGUGUGGGAAGAAAUUCACUCAAAAAGGAAGCCUUAAAGUCCACAUGAGGAUUCACACCGGAGAGAGGCCUUACAUGUGCCUUCAGUGUGGAAAGAGUUUUACACACAGAGGAACCCUUAAUGCUCAUAUGAGAACUCAUCCUGGAAAAAACCCUUUCAGUUGCACAGUCUGUGAAAAGAGCUUUUCGCGAAAAGAGAGCCUUAAGACUCACAUGAGGAUUCACACUGGAGAGAGGCCGUUCGUAUGUGGCCAGUGUGGAAAGAGCUUCAGAUGUAAAAUAAGCCUUAAUUAUCACAUGAGGAUUCACUCGAGAGAGCACAGUUUUAAAUGUUAUCAGUGUGGAAUGAGUUUUACAGAUAAGAAUCACCUUAAGAAUCAUGUAAUAACCCACAGCGAAGGUAAGCCGUUCAUGUGCCAUCACUGUGGAAAGAAUUGCUCGAACAAAACAAGCCUUGAGGUUCACAUAAGGGUUCACACUGGAGAGAGGCCUUUCACCUGCCCUCAGUGUGGGAAGAGUUUCACAGUUAAAGGAAACCUUCAGACUCACAUUCGGGUUCACACUGGAGAGAAACCAUUCACGUGUCCUCAGUGUGAGAGGAGAUUCACAUAUCAAAAGGACCUGAAGCGUCAUAUGCAGUCUCUUUCUUGCAAGAAACUGCAGAGUCCAGAGUGUGAAAAGAGGUUAAAACAAUGUAGCAAUUUUAAACAUGAUCUGCAUAUUCACUCUGGAGGAAGGCAAUUUAAGUGUGAUCUUUGUAAUAAGAACUUUAUUUUGCCAUCACACUUAAAGAUGCACAUGAAAAGUCAUGGAUUUGUGAGACCGUAUUUUUGUUCUUUGUGUGGCAAAGGUUUUAAAUGGCUCGGCAGUUUGAAGUGGCACCAAAAAAUAUGCGUCUGUGCAAAAUUAAUUUUGAUUGUAUAGAGGUGUUGCUUAGACUAUUGAUUCAGUUAAAUACCUCAGAAAAACACUAGAUGAACUCCCAUUUUGCUGCAGAAUACCACAUUGUAAAUUUACAUUUUUUUUAUAAAAUAUAAGACACUUGAAAAUUUGUUGUUCAGGAAUUAAAAUUUUUCUUAGUGGUGAGGGAAUAGAUUAUGAUUUAUGCUUUUUGAUAUUAUUAAAUACUUCAGAAACUAUUUGACAAUGUUAAAGGGUUAGUUCACCCCAAAAUGAAAAUUCUGUCAUUAUUUACUCUCCCUCAUGUCGUUCCAAACCCAUAAGACCUUUGUUAAUCUUCAGAACACAAAUGAAGAAUAAUUAAGAUAUUUCUGCUGAAAUCUGAGAGCUCUCUGACCCUCCAUAGACAGCAACACAACUGUAAUGUUCUCAGGUCCAGAAACAUAGCAAGGACAUUGGUAAAAUAGUCGGUGACUUCAGUGUUGUGAAGCUACGAGAAUACUUUUUGUGCGCAAUAAAAACAAAAAUAACAAUUUAUUUAACAAUUAUGUUAUGUUUAUAACAUAAUAAGUUAUGUUUUAUGCCAGUUUGGGUGAACUAUCCAUUUAAUGUUCUUAAUUAAGUAAUCUAACUUAUUUUGCAAUGUGGAAGUUAGUUAUUUUUCUUUGAAUGUGUGAGACUUCUGAUUCAUUAGCAUCUAAAGGUAAAUAACUAUAAGAAUAAAAAAAGUGCAGUAAAACUGUUUGUGCUA